CCAAAUUCCUGUCCAUACCCUUCAACCAUUCCUUAUAUAAAUAUUAUCUCAUUGAGCUUAUAAACAUAGUUGAGUUUUUGAGUUAGAUAUAAAAUAUUUUUGUUAAGAUUAAAAACAAAUUUUGACAUGGCAGAAGAAUUUCAAGCUGGAAUUUGUGGUGAAACAUGGUGGAAUAUUAAUAACUCAACAAGAAAUGUUUUUCCUCUUAUGAUAAACUCAUCAUCAUCAACAUCAUCAUGUUCAGGAAGUUAUAGUAACUGGCAAAAUGAGUUUUUGGGUUUGAAAGAAACUAAUAGCUUUGAUGUUUCUGAUUGUUCUUUGAGUUUUCUUGAUUCUCCGAAGCCGCCGGAAAUAUCGGUUAACGGAACCGGUAGUACUAGUAGCAUGUUCUUUGAUCUCUCAUCUCCAAAUUCAUCAAAUUGGAAUCACUCAAUAUUGUCAGAGAACAAUUUUGAGCCUGUGAUUCAAGAAGAAAGCACAAAGAAUUUCUCAUCUUCAAUGGAACAAGAAUUUUGCAUGGAUCAUCAAAGUUUAUCAUCAUAUCCAAUUGGAUCAGUUGAUUCUUAUGGUUGUUACCCUUCAAGUUUGAUACAAAGUUUAUUUGAUUCUCAACCACAGCCACAAAACUCACUUUUUACCAACCCUUCUUCUAUGUCCUAUUCAUCUUCAAUGCCAAAGCAACAGCUUAGUGGAUUGCACUUUUCAAACAAUACUCCUUUCUGGAAUGCUUCAGCUGAGGCUCUCAAUGAUAUUAGAGCGGGAGUUUUGGCUUCAUCACAAUCACAAUAUCAUCAAUCUCCUAGUUUUCAUAACAACAAUUUCAAUUCCUCAAAUACUCUAUUAAACAAGUUAAAGAGAGAAAAAUCACCAGAAGCAAAAAGUUCAUCUGAAGUUACAGUUAAGAGGCAAAGAGUUGAAACUCCAUCACCAUUACCAACUUUUAAGGUUAGGAAAGAGAAGCUAGGGGACCGUAUCACAGCUCUUCAGCAAUUGGUUUCACCUUUCGGAAAGACGGAUACAGCUUCUGUUCUUCAUGAAGCCAUUGAUUACAUCAAGUUUCUUCAUGAUCAAGUCGAUGUUUUGAGUACUCCAUAUAUGAAAAAUGGAUCUCCUAUUCAACAUCAACAGGGUUGUGAUAAUGUGAAGGAGCUAGAAAGAAAAAAACAAGAUUUAAGAAGUCAAGGGCUUUGUUUGGUGCCAAUUUCAAGCACAUUUCCAAUGACUAAUGAGACUAAUGUUGAUUUUUGGACACCUACAUUUGGAGGAACACUCUUUGGCAGAUAGAGAAGUGAUUCUAAAAGGAAGAAGAAGACAUGAUUAAAUAUUGGUAUGCAAAAAGAAGGGAAUGAAAAUAAAUAAAAAAAUAGAGAUUAAAGAUAGGUUGUUUAAUUAAGAUUUUAAUAGCUACAACUUAGGUUGAUGAGGGGCAGGAACAAGUGUUAAAUUCAGCAGCAUUUGACAAUAGAUUAUAGUUUUAAUUGUAACUUGUUUUAUGGCUGAAUUUAGCAGAUGGUGCUAGCUACCUAAAACACCUUUUGUUCUUGCUAGUAGAUAUAUUUGAAUAUAUGUAUAUCUUUUUAAGGGGAUGCAUGCACCCACUUUUAGUUUAUUGUUAUUUUGAUGAGGAAAAAAAGGGCAAGUUAUAAAGUAUAGUAUUUGAUGUUGGUUUAA